AUGAGUCCACGUGCUACAACCACCCGUUCCCCUCGUCUAGUACCUCGUGCUGCAACCACCCGUUCCCCUCGUCUAGUACCACGUGCUGCAACCACCCGUUCCCCUCGUCUAGUACCUCGUGCUGCAACCACCCGUUCCCCUCGUCUAGUACCACGUGCUGCAACCACCCGUUCCCCUCGUCUAGUACCUCGUGCUGCAACCACCCGUUCCCCUCGUCUAGUACCUCGUGCUACAACCGCCCGUUCCCCUCGUCUAGUACCUCGUGCUGCAACCACCCGUUCCCCUCGUCUAGUACCACGUGCUACAACCACCCGUUCCCCUCGUCUAGUACCUCGUGCUGCAACCACCCGUUCCCCUCGUCUAGUACCUCGUGCUGCAACCACCCGUUCCCCUCGUCUAGUACCUCGUGCUACAACCGCCCGUUCCCCUCGUCUAGUACCUCGUGCUGCAACCACCCGUUCCCCUCGUCUAGUACCUCGUGCUACAACCACCCGUUCCCCUCGUCUAGUACCUCGUGCUGCAACCACCCGUUCCCCUCGUCUAGUACCUCGUGCUGCAACCACCCGUUCCCCUCGUCUAGUACCUCGUGCUGCAACCGCCCGUUCCCCUCGUCUAGUACCUCGUGCUGCAACCGCCCGUUCCCCUCGUCUAGUACCUCGUGCUGCAACCACCCGUUCCCCUCGUCUAGUACCUCCUGCUUUUAACGGAAUCGACCAAUCCGUUAAGAAUACGACGUAUCAGUUGAAAUUAAAGCACGGUAAUAUAGACGUUUUCCACGCGUCGGCCUCGAUGGGUUAG